GGGGGUCACCUCGGCAGCUCGGGGCAGCUGCCCCUAAACAAGGAGGAAGGGGCGAACGUUUGCAAGAAAAAGGAGAGAAGGAACCGCAGCGCUCUGAUUCUUUUCUUUCUUUUUUUUCCCCUCCCCGGCUGGUGGUGGGGGGGGGGGAAUUGAGUUUAAAUUUUGCUUCUCCGCCGCUCCUCCCUCUCCUCCUCCUCCCUCCCUUCCCCCGCCCCCCCCCCUUUUCUAGCUGUCAAGCGGCGGCUCUUGCGCUCCAACCUUCGAAGCAGCUGCAGCCUCCGGAAAAGGCUGGCUGGAGAGAAAGGGAGAGAGAGAGAGAGAGAGCAGGCGGGCCGGUUUUUGGAGACGGGAGCUUGCCUUGGGAGGGAAGCCCCCCGCUCCAAUUCCCCGGAGCCAUGAAGCUGAUCUUGGUGCGCAAAUUCCGCGUCCUCAUCCUGCUGGUUUUCCUGGUGGCCUGCACUCUGCACAUCCUCAUCGACCUCUUGCCUAAGCUGGAGAAGCGAGCCGCGGGGUCGGAAAGCGGGGCGGCGGCCGCCAGCCCGGGCUGUUCUUGCUCUCACACCGCAGCAGCAGCAGCAGCAGCAGCCCAGCCGGGGGGAGAGCGACGCGGCUGGCCCAAGGAACCUCCGCCGCCGUCUUCCUUGGAACCGGAGCCUCCGCCGGCUGCGGCGCAGGAGGAGCCCGGGAGAGCCCAAGCCGGCGCCUCGGAGGCGGCCGCGGCCGCCGCGGGCUGGCCUAGCAAGCACACGCUGCGGCUCUUGCAGGAUUUCAGCAGCGAGCCCAGCUCCAACCUCACCUCGCGCUCCGGGGAGAAAGGCAACGCCGAGCGGAGAGGAGGAGAGGCGCCGCCGCCGCCGCCGCGGAGCUUCAGCACCACCGGAGCGCUCCGCGCGAAAGGGAAAACGAGAGCAAGCGACAGGCUGCAGAACGAGCCCCACUCGCCGCCUUUGCUGCCGCUUUACCGGGAGGAGGAGGAGGAGGAGGGAGAUGAAGAAAGAGCCGCCGCCGCCGCGGCGGUGGGGCCCGCGGGCACCGGCUCCCGCCUGGCCGCGCUCUUCGCCCACCCGCUCUACCAGCUGGCAGUGCCCCCGCUGGACGAGGCUGAUCUCUUGUUCAACGUCAACAGCGACAUCCGAUUUAACCCCAAGGCGGCGGAGAAUCCCGAGUGGCAAAACGAAGGGAAUGAAGAUGAGGACUUCCUACACGGCGAAACGUCUGUCGAUUCCUACCCAAAUUGGCUCAAAUUCCACAUUGGCAUUAACCGGUACGAGCUGUAUUCCAGGCACAACCCGGCGAUUGGCACCUUGCUGCACGAUUUGGCUACCCAGAAAAUCACCAGCGUUGCCAUGAAGUCGGGAGGCACCCAGCUCAAACUCAUCAUGACAUUCCAGAAUUAUGGACAGGCCUUGUUCAAGCCAAUGAAGCAAACGAGAGAGCAGGAAACCCCUCCUGACUUUUUUUAUUUUUCCGACUAUGAGAGACACAAUGCUGAGAUUGCCGCAUUUCACCUGGACAGGAUCCUGGAUUUCCGCCGCGUCCCACCAGUUGCAGGCAGGCUGGUUAAUAUGACCAGAGAAAUAAGGGACGUUACUCGCGACAAGAAACUAUGGAGAACCUUUUUUAUCUCACCAGCCAACAACAUCUGCUUCUACGGGGAAUGCUCCUACUACUGUUCGACGGAGCACGCCCUCUGUGGCAAGCCGGACCAGAUUGAAGGAUCCAUGGCCGCCUUCUUGCCCGACUUGUCUUUAGCCAAACGGAAAACCUGGAGGAACCCGUGGCGACGUUCCUACCACAAGCGCAAGAAAGCCGAGUGGGAAGUUGAUCCGGAAUACUGCGAAGAGGUUAAACAAACGCCACCUUACGACCGGGGAACAAGGAUCUUGGAUAUAAUGGACAUGACUAUAUUUGAUUUUCUGAUGGGUAAUAUGGAUCGACACCAUUACGAGACCUUUGAGAAGUUUGGAAAUAAUACUUUUAUUAUCCACUUAGACAACGGAAGAGGGUUUGGGAAAUAUUCUCACGAUGAACUGUCUAUCUUGGUGCCUUUAAAUCAGUGUUGCCGAAUACGGAAGUCCACCUACCUGCGUUUACAGCUCCUGGCCAAAGAGGAGUACAAACUGAGCCAGCUGAUGGAAGAAUCUUUGCUGGAGGACAAAAUCGCCCCCAUCUUGUACCAACUGCACCUCGAAGCCAUGGACCGGAGGCUCCGGAUAGUCCUGAAGGCCAUCAGGGACUGUAUAGAGAAAGGAAGUUACAACAAGGUGGUGGAGAAUGACUUUGCCUCCCCGAGGAGCACCGUCACGACCGAGAGGUAGUGACAACGGACACGCCAUCCUUCAACGCCGCUGAAGAAAGAUCAACACGUCGACCAAGCCACCCAACCCAACAGUCUCGCGAAAGACUGUGCAUAGGCCAACGUUUGAAUUCAGUGAAUUCAGGAAUCGCUCUUCUAAUUGUUCUCCAAGUAGCUAAGGCGUAGACUCUGCAACAGAUAUUAAGACUGAGAGUAACAGGUAGCUCUGCCGUCAACUGUCCUCGGGGCAAUCCACGUGUUCUCCGUGGGCGCGGUCUCCCACCUGCCGUGUUUUUGUUCCCCAUCCAGCCUCACUUGACUUAGGUUCUAAAUUAUUCUCCAUCAUCAGCGAGGGCUUUGGAGUCCACCUGUGGGCGGAGCUUCUGGCAAGCCCCACCUCCCCCCACCCCCGUGCUUUCAUUUCUCCAAGCGGCCAGUGAUUUCACAGCCCCCUCUUCUUUCUCCUUCCUGAUCCUUAAGCACAAGUGGCAACACCACCACCACCCCUGCACAUAUAGACACACUCCCGCUGGGAAGACCCAGUAGGAAAUGCUAUCACGUCCUCCAAAUAUCCUGGAGCCGACUUCAUCUGCAGGACAAGGAACUCCCUUGUCCUCGUCGCAGUUUUCCAAAUAGAA